AUGCGCCCUCCUGGUCACAGCCCCCUUCAUCUUGCAGCAGAGGCGCCUGCUAAUCUGCUCUGCCUGCCCACCUGACUGGGUCCACUUGGGCAAGUCUUUAGGCGGAAUCCCGCAGGUCCUCCCCACCCAACAGAGCCUCCAAGCUGUUCCUUGUCAUCAUCUCCAUCUUCCUGGGGCUGGGCCAGCCUAGAAACCCCAAAGGCAAGAGGAAGGGGCAAGGGCAGUCUGGGCCCCUGGCCCCUGGGCCUCACCAGAUGCCGCUGGACCUGGUGUCUCGAGUGAAGCCAUAUGCCCGCAUGGAGGAAUACGAGAGGAACCUUGAGGAGAUGGUGGCCCAGCUGAGGAACAGCUCUGAGCCAGCCAGGAGGAAGUGUGAGGUCAACUUGCAGCUGUGGCUGUCCAACAAGAGGAGCCUGUCGCCCUGGGGCUACAGCAUCAACCAUGACCCCACCCGUGUCCCUGCGGACCUGCCGGAGGCGCGGUGCCUGUGUCUGGGCUGCGUGAACCCCUUCACCAUGCAGGAGGACCGCAGCAUGGUGAGCGUGCCCGUGUUCAGCCAGGUGCCUGUGCGCCGCCGCCUCUGCCCGCUGCCGCCGCGCACCGGGCCCUGCCGCCAGCGCGCCGUCAUGGAGACCAUUGCCGUGGGCUGCACUUGCAUCUUCUGAACCGCCAAGGCCCUGAGCUGGUGGGCAGUGGAGACAGCCCUCCCUGCGCCCCCAUGCCAAGCAGAGCCAAUGAAAAGUAAACGCUGUCUUUUCUAAAGCAA